GACGGUAUUGACGAUAGACCUCAGAUUUGCCUCAGAUUUCUCUGUGGAAUCGUGAAAUGUGAAUGUGCAAGUGAGAGAAGAAUAUUAAACAGAAAAUAAAACACGUAUCAGAAAAUUUGAACAACUACUUUAACAAUUAAAAACAUUUUACUUACAUUUUACACAAAGGUAUUCGGUGUACACAGUGAAGAUGGCAGAAUUAUCGAGCAAUAAAGAGGAUAAAGAAAUCAGUGAUAAAAGUGAUCAGGAGACACAGUAUCUCGACGCUAAUAAUGUAAACGAUGACAAAAGUGAUAAUAUAAACGAUGACAAAAGUGAUAAAAAUGAUGACAAAAGUAAUACCACAAACAAUAACAAAAAUGAUUGCGACCCAAGGGAAUCUGUCCGUAGGCAAUUUUACAAAAGUUGCAUAAGAAGAGAUAAUAUUAAGUUAGAACUUGACGAUAGUACACCUCAAGAAGAAAGACGCAGAUUGUUAUUAGAGUACCAGAAGAAACAUAGAGAUGAAACAAUCAAUGCUGCACGUGGUAUACAAGAGUUUUCUACAUCAAAAAAUGAAGAUCUGGAUGAGGAAAAAUAUAUAGGUAAGGCGGAAUAUAUAGGUGAAGAGUAUAUGGAUGCGGAAGAGUACAUGGAUGAAGAGGAGUAUAUGGAAGUAGAAGAUUAUGCCUCGUCGUAUUAUAAGAUUCUUCCGAACGAAUUCAAAACAAGUCGAAUGAUGCUAUCAGAAUGGAUGCUAGAUGUGCCACAAGAUUUCAUUGAAAAUUGGAUUAUGGUUCCAUGUCCAAUAGGAAAACGAGUUAGAGUAAUCUCAGGCUGGGGUGAAACAAGAGCAUAUUCUAGAAAAGGUAUCCUACAUGGUGUCUUUCCUUCAGCACUUCCAGGUGGAAAUCCUGAUAGUGACUUUCAUCACUCUGCUGCUAUCGACUGUCUAUGGAUAAAGAACCGAAAACUCUUUUAUAUAUUAGACGUGCUGUAUUGGAGUCUAUUGCCAUUCACAAAUUGUCAGGCCGAGUUCAGGUUUUUCUGGAUCAAGAAUAAGUUCCAGGAAAUACCACAAUUCAAAGAACGUAAUACUGAUACAAAUAGAUAUCCUAUUUUACCUCUACCAAAUAUUAAUUGUAAUUCGAACGUUAAUUCAGCCUUGGCAAAUCUUGAUAAUGAACAACCUCUAGACGGAUUACUAUUUUAUCAUCGUCAAGCAUUAUAUACUUAUGGACUUACCCCACUUGUGACGUGGUUAAAACCUUUUAUGUUACCCGAAGUACUUGGAAUAUCUGUAAUUUCACCAUUUGACGAGAAACCAAAUGAUUAUAUAAAUUUCGAACAUCACAUCCAAAAAAUAAAAGCCAAGAAAAAUCGACAGGAUAAUACUACAAAGAGUGAUACUAAUUCCAUGGAAAUAGGUGUCGUUUAAAGAUUAAAAACUCAUUUGUUAUAGCGAUUUAUAGCGAUCUCAAACUAGAUAACUUAUAUAAUA